AUGUGCCCUAUGUGCCACCGGCUGAAUGAGGACGGUGCCCACCUGUUCCUGAAGUGCAAGCCGGUAAAGGAACUCUGGAAGGCCCUAAAUCUGGAUGAUCUUAGACUCAAGCUCCUGCUUUGUGCCGACUCUAAAGAGGUUGUUGGAGAAAUCCUGAAGCAGAAGGAGAUGCCCAAGCUCAAGUCUGUGGCUCUCCUUUCGGUUUGGUGGAGGGUGCGUAACAAAUGCAACGCUGGUGAAGCUCCGGCGACACAUGAGUCGGUUGUCUUCCAGAUCAUGUCUUUAACCUCGGAGCUGAUUGGUCAUUGCAGCAAAGCAAACGCGCGGCUGGUGCAAGAGCGGACUUGUUCUUGGCAGAACCCUUCUGGCGACACCCUCAAGAUCAACACGGAUGGCAGUUUCACUGCAGCAAACCGAUCCGGUGGAUGGGGUUUUGUGAUCCGCGGCGCUAGCGGUGAUGUGCUGGGGGCUGGCGCCGGUCACAUGCACCAUGCUCAAGAUGCGCUGCAUGCCGAAGCGGAGGCGUGCCUCAGGGCUCUCGUCCAGGCGCAAACCUGGGGCAUGUCCUCUGUCCAGAUUGAGACGGAUUCCAAGCUUUUGGUGCAAGCCAUUUCGGGAAACAGCCAGGAUUUGGCGCUGAAUGGAGCCCUGUUUAAAGAGAUCAAGUAUCAAGCUAGACUAAAUUUCGUUUCCUUUAAAAUUUCCUAUUGCCCUCGGGCCUGUAACAAAGUAGCUGACGCUAUGGCUUUGUAUGGGGCAAAACUGGAGCGAGCACCUCCUGCCUUCUGGCUUGGUAGCGCUCCCAGUUUCGCCUGUGACUUGGUUACCAGCGAUCUGGCUGGUCUUUCUGGUUAA